UCGAUUGCAAGUCUGAUUUCGAAGCUAGACAAGUACGAAUCGGUUUAACUCGUAUUACGUAGUUAACCCUUUGUGGGUUCACUUCGUUAAAAUAUUCGUAAUCAUAUUAUUGAGUACAAAACGUUAUUCCAAGUAGUUUCUUACAAUACAUCACUAAUUGAAAAAAGUGGAGUGGCAUCUUAGCAAAAGCACAAUUUUCAACGAUUCAGCUGAAAAAAGUUUGUCGUAUUCAAGGAAUAAGUGAAGGCGGAUUACCCUAAUCGACAUAUUUUUAUACACAUUAAUUUCGUAAGGUACACUAAGGCCUAGGGCCUCUCGCCGUCAUGUCUUCAGUAAAGGUGGCGGUUCGAGUGCGACCCUUCAACUCACGAGAAAUUGCACGAGAAUCAAAAUGCAUAAUAGAAAUGAGCGGGGCCACCACGGCCAUCAUAAACCCAAAAGUUCCACCAGGUACAAAUGACUCUGUCAAACGGUUCAAUUUCGACUACUCCUACUGGUCUCAUGACCCACGAGAUCUGGAGUUCUCAACACAAGCGAUGGUAUAUCGCGAUAUUGGUGAAGAGAUGCUCCAACAUUCUUUUGACGGCUAUAAUGUUUGUAUAUUCGCAUAUGGUCAAACUGGAGCCGGAAAAUCAUACACAAUGAUGGGCAAACAGGAAGAAGGCCAAGAAGGAAUAAUUCCAAUGAUAUGUAAAGAUUUAUUUAGUAGAAUUCGGGAUACGGCUAGUGAUGAAUUGAAAUAUUCGGUGGAAGUGUCUUACAUGGAAAUUUAUUGCGAAAGAGUGCGUGAUUUAUUGAAUCCCAAGAACAAGGGAAAUCUUCGAGUACGGGAACAUCCAUUAUUAGGGCCAUAUGUGGAGGACCUUUCAAAACUGGCGGUAACAUCAUAUCAAGAUAUUCACGACUUAAUUGAUGAGGGAAAUAAAGCAAGAACGGUUGCUGCAACUAACAUGAAUGAAACGAGUUCAAGAUCCCAUGCCGUAUUCACAAUAUUUUUCACGCAACAAAGACAUGACAAGAUGACCGAUUUGAAUACAGAAAAGGUAUCCAAAAUCAGCUUAGUAGAUUUAGCUGGCUCUGAACGGGCUGAUUCAACUGGAGCGAAAGGGACACGAUUGAAAGAAGGUGCCAAUAUAAAUAAAUCGCUCACAACGCUAGGAAAAGUUAUAUCGGCGCUCGCUGAAGUGGCGUCUAAAUCGAAAAAGUCAAAAAAGGCAGAUUUUAUCCCAUACCGUGAUUCAGUUUUAACUUGGCUUUUACGAGAGAAUUUGGGCGGCAAUUCGAAAACUGCCAUGAUUGCAGCGAUCUCACCAGCAGAUAUUAAUUACGAUGAAACUUUGAGCACCUUGAGAUAUGCCGAUCGUGCUAAGCAAAUUGUUUGCAAAGCUGUUGUUAAUGAAGAUGCUAAUGCUAAACUGAUCCGUGAACUCAAAGAAGAAAUUCAAAAACUUCGCGAACUACUUCGUGCCGAAGGAAUCGAAGUGCAAGAAGGACCGGAUGGUAAAGUGGUUUGUGAGAAACGAGACACAAAUAAAGACGACGUAAAUUGCAAGAAUGCGAACAAUCAAAAGAAUAUAAUAAAUUCACCCACUAAAGGACGAAAUCGGAAUGGCUCUACUACAGAGAUGGCUGUCGAUCAGCUACAAGCUAGUGAGAAACUUAUUGCAGAACUGAACGAGACAUGGGAAGAGAAGCUUAAACGCACAGAAGAGAUACGACUUCAGCGAGAGGCAGUUUUCGCUGAAAUGGGAGUUGCAGUUAAAGAAGAUGGCAUAACAGUGGGAGUGUUUUCACCAAAAAAGACUCCACAUCUUGUAAACUUGAAUGAAGAUCCAAAUCUUUCGGAGUGUCUAUUGUAUUACAUUAAAGAUGGUAUUACCCGAUUGGGCACGCAUGAGGCCAACGUUCCACAAGAUAUUCAACUGUCUGGACCACACAUUCUGAAAGAACAUUGCACAUUCGAGAAUCGGAACAAUGUAGUGACACUCAUUCCACAUAAAGAUGCGUUAGUUUAUUUGAAUGGUCGGAAACUGUCAGAACCCGAAGUUUUAACUACUGGCUCUCGAGUAAUUUUGGGGAAAAAUCACGUUUUUCGAUUUACACAUCCCGAACAAGUACGCGAAAUCCGUGAUAAAAUUAAUACAAAUGAAAACUCUACCACAAAGAGUGAAACCGUUGAUUGGGACUUCGCCAAAUGUGAACUGUUGGAGAAACAAGGCAUCGAUUUGAAGGUUGAAAUGCAAAAACGACUCGACACUUUAGAGGAACAGUAUAAACGCGAGAAACUACAAGCCGAUCAGGAAUUCGAAGAGCAAAGAAAGUCAUAUGAAGCACGAAUCGAUGCUCUACAAAAACAAGUGGAGGAGCAAUCCAUGACAAUGUCGAUGUACAGCAGUUACAGCCCGGAAGAUUUCCAUCAGGAGGAGGACAUCUUCGUCAAUCCUCUAUUCGAAUCAUGUUGGACAGCACGGGACGCAGGACUCGCUGCAUGGGCAUUCAGAAAAUGGCGAUAUCAUCAAUUUACUUCGCUCCGUGAUGAUUUAUGGGGAAAUGCAAUAUUCCUAAAGGAAGCAAAUGCAAUUUCGGUGGAAUUAAAAAAGAAGGUACAGUUCCAGUUCACAUUGCUUACGGAUACUUUGUAUUCGCCACUUCCUCCUGAAUUGGCGCCAUCUGCUAUGACUCCACUUCAAAAUGAAGAUGAAUUCGGGGCUCCCCCUAUUUCAAAGACAAUAGUUGCAGUAGAAGUGACGGAUACUAAGAAUGGUGCCACCCACUAUUGGUCGUUGGAGAAGUUACGGCAAAGGCUGGAACUAAUGCGAGAAAUGUACCACAAUGAAGCUGAACUAAGCCCGACCUCUCCCGAUUACAAUGUAGAAAGCCUAACAGGGGGUGAUCCAUUUUACGAUCGAUUUCCUUGGUUCCGAAUGGUCGGUCGUUCUUUUGUUUAUUUGAGUAACCUGCUAUACCCAGUGCCGUUGGUUCACAAAGUUGCUAUAGUGAAUGAGAGAGGAGAUGUUCGCGGUUAUUUAAGAAUUGCAGUCCAACCAGUUUUGGAUGAAGAAAGCCUCGAUUUCAACAAUGGCGUAAAACAGUCAGCGCGUAUUGUUUUCGAUGAGGAACACAAACCAAAACUUCGACCACUCACUCACACAAUCGAAAAAGACGAACGUUUCAUUGAAGGCACCGAGUGUUCCAAACUCGAAGAACUCGAAGAUGCAGAUUCCGGACGUGGCGAUUCGAGUGUUGCAUCAGAGAUUCAGGAGAGUAACGAGGAGACGGGAGAACAUUUGGCAAUUGGGAAGGAAUUUACUUUCCGUGUGACCGUUUUGCAAGCGACUGGCAUAAGUGCUGAAUAUGCUGACAUAUUUUGUCAAUUUAACUUUUUGCACCGGCAUGAAGAAGCAUUUUCAACUGAGCCUGUGAAAAAUUCUGGAGUCGGUGCACCUUUGGGCUUUUACCAUGUACAAAAGAUAACUGUGCCCGUUACCAAAUCCUUCAUUGAAUAUUUGAAAACUCAGCCUAUAAUGUUCAAAAUCUUCGGGCAUUAUCAAAACCACCCAUUGCACAAGGAUGCGAAGCAAGAAUUUCAAGCAAGACCUCCACCACGACGUAUGCUGCCACCAAGUAUUCCGAUUAGUCAACCGGUUCGAAGUCCGAAAUUUGGCCCACUACCCUGUCCACCUUCAUCCACUGUAUUGGCAAAACAUGAUGUUCUUGUAUGGUUUGAAAUUUGUGAAUUAGCACCAAAUGGCGAAUACGUGCCGGCAGUUGUGGAACAUAGUGACGAUCUUCCAUGUCGGGGACUGUUUCUAUUACAUCAAGGCAUUCAGCGACGAAUACGUAUAACAAUUGUACAUGAACCAACGGCAGAAGAAUGGAAAGACAUUCGUGAAUUGGUUGUUGGACGUAUACGAAAUACACCAGAAUCUUCAGAUGAUUUAGAUGAUGACUCUUGUGUCUUAUCAUUAGGAUUAUUCCCCGGUGAAAUUUUGGACGUGCCCGGUGAUGAUCGUUCAUUCUAUCGAUUUGAAGCAGCAUGGGACUCAAGUUUACAUAACUCUGCUCUUCUAAACCGCGUUACACAGGCCGGCGAAACAAUUUACAUAACGCUAAGCGCAUACUUAGAGCUGGAAAAUUGUGCAAGGCCAGCAAUAAUAACGAAAGAUCUCAGCAUGAUUAUCUACGGGCGCGAUGCACGCACAGGACCACGAUCACUAAAGCAUUUAUUCUCAGGACAAUAUCGGAACCCAGAAGCGAAUCGUCUAUCCGGAGUUUAUGAGUUAUCACUCAGGAGAGCUUCUGAAGCAGGUAGUCCAGGAGUACAAAGAAGACAACGCCGAGUGCUUGAUACAAGUUCGACAUAUGUACGAGGUGAGGAAAAUUUACACGGCUGGCGGCCGCGGGGUGAUUCGUUGAUUUUCGAUCAUCAGUGGGAGUUGGAGAAACUUACCCGACUAGAGGAAGUUGGACGUGUGCGGCAUCUAUUGUUGCUUCGGGAGCGACUUGGAAUGGAUACUAAUCCCAACCCGACCACAAAAACCGAGAAAGACGUAUGUAAUCUAGCAGCACGUGCGAGUACAUCUCCAGCACAUAUGAUCAUUCCGCCAUCACCACAGACACCGAUUAAAGAUCCCCAUUCAAUAGUCGCUGAACGAGAAUAUACAUUGAAAGAACAAAAUUUGUUGAAUCGGUGUAUACAAUUGAUUCAAGGACGUUACGGUAAUAAAACAGAAAAGGAAGACAACCCAAAUCAACCAGAUGUAUCUCCAGGAGAUGAAGGUUGCGCAGAUAUGACUUCCAGUUGUAUUUCCGGAAAUUCAAUAGAAUUGUGCUCACCUGAAAGAGUAGAUGUACCUAACGGUUGGGAAGCUCCUGCGCCGCCACCACAACAGGCCCUUCCACUUCGAUUAUACGUUCCAGAGUUAGAGGAAAUUAGGGUCAGUCCGAUAGUAGCACGGAAGGGUUAUUUGAACGUAUUAGAACACGGAGGCUCCGGUUGGAAAAAACGCUGGGUGACCGUUCGGCGACCCUAUGUUAUCUUCCGGUCUGAAAAAGACCCUGUUGAACGCGCUGUUCUCAACUUAGGUACGGCCCAAGUAGAAUGCAGUGAAGACCAAGCAGCAAUGGUGAAAAUACCAAAUACAUUCAGCGUUGUGACGAAACAUCGUGGAUACCUUUUGCAAACGUUAGGAGACAAAGAAGUUCAUGAUUGGCUGUAUGCAAUUAAUCCACUGUUAGCUGGACAAAUCAGAUCAAGGUUGGCCAGGCGUAAUGUAGAGACUGCAUCACAAACACAAAUAACGCCAACUGCGGGAAAAUGAGAUACAAUUACAAUGGAAUCUGUAUUAGUGUAUUGAAUUUCGGCUUAUCUUUCGCCUAAAAAAAUGUUCACAUCCAAAUAUAAAAUUAUGAAAUUAGACCAUUUGAUUGAUAUGUGCAAUAGUUUUACUUAAAAUAAAAUUAUGUUUAUUUAGGUUUGUGUAAAUAGUUAAAAGUCAUCGUUUCGCAAAAGAAAUUAUACUAUUUGGAAGAUGUUUUUGAACGACUUGGUUUGUAUACAAGGAAUUCAUUUUCCAAGAGAGGCGGGAGAGUGUCGAGUUAUCCAUCGAUUGUGAACAUUUAGAGAUACAUUAAUAGAGAUUCCAUUGCAUUUUAUAAGGAAGCAAGAACAACAUGAAGCAGUACAGAGUACAGAGUUAAAUUUUAAACAAAUGUAUGAGAAAAUAUAUUAAUUUAAAUUUACAAUAAAUUCUAAGUAGAGCUGUAAUAUCUUACCAUAAAAUAAAAUAAAUUAUUCAAAAGAUAUAAUAAUUAUAAACCAGUUUACAAGUAUAUAAAAUCAUGAAAAUUGGAAGAAAUUGAAAUUAUGACAAGAAUAUUCUCAAUUGCAAAUAGUGAAGAUAAAAACCAUACUGAAAGUGUUAGAAAUGAGAUUAGAUAUGUAUAAAAUGCUCUCUAUCUUGCUAUGAUUUUUCAUAUAGGCUGCAUUUGCAUCAUUGACGCUUUCAAGUUUAAUGUUAUGAAUAGUGAUAAGGUUUUUGACCAUUUUCAGUACUAGUCGAUUUGAAUGCAAAAGAUCUGUUGGUUUCCAGAUUCGCUAGGUAUUAUUUCAAGUUUUGCCUCUCAUUUAAAUUUAGUUAGAUUUUUUAUAAAACAAUGCUACUUAAGUCCAUUACAUUUUCAUCGGAGGAUUGCAUCUCUCAAAGUAAGGAAUGUGAAAACACGUAAAAAGAAGAUUUGUUAUGGCAAGCAGGCCUCUAGAGGAGCACAUUUAGAACAGGAUCAAUGCAAAACGUACCGAAGUGUAGCAUCUAUUUCUUAUCGCAUAGCGACGAGUUUAUAAAAUAAAUAUAGUAAUAUUAUCAUUUAUAUUUAUUCAAUACAAAUCACCAUAUUAAAGUGAAAAAACAAUAAAUAAUGACGAGAAACCACUACAUAUUUCACGUGCAUGAUAAUUGAAAAGGCCACGAACACAAUAACUUUCAGAAGUAGCAACCAAAGACAGGAAGACAAAAGGGGUACGGUUAAUAUAGAGUACAUUGAUAUUUAAGAACAAAACAGUAUUGGUACUUAUUUAUUUAUUACUGAGGACAGGAUCCGUACGUUCACUGGAAAUGUCAUUUUCCAGUACGUCAACGACUGUGAAUGAUGAUUGUCUCAUGAAAGCAACUUUCUAGCUGAUUUUAAUGAUUCAAAGCAAUGUAGCUAAAUAGAACCAUAUAUGACUAAAUUGGAAUUUGUCUGCACACAGUCCAAUUCAAAUCUAAAAAACAUUUUUUAUACCAAAAAGCUUUCAAAUCAUUAAAUUUCUAUGUCCCUAGUCUUUCUGAAUACUCAAGUCUUACGUAAUCGUUUGUUCAAUUUAAGUGGAAGCACCUACUUAUUUAGACUCCCCGUCCUUCUAUUGGCACUUGAAACUUUCGCGUGCGGUGAACCCUAAAAAAAUAGAGCUCACAAUACUUAUCUCAAAUACUGUCAGACCUGAAACUGCAUCUGGAUAUAUAGUAUAUUGGCAAACAAGGGAGAAGAGUGUUCCAACGCCCCUUUUUAAAACCGACUCGUCUUCCAAAAUUUGUUCUAUAUCAACUGCUUUAACAACUGUUGCAAUUUAGGAUUAGAAAAUUGUACCACCAAUGAUUAGACUGUCAAUACGAAAUAUUUUGCUUGAAAGUUUUCGUGGGAUUCGUCAAAGUGAAUGAUUGUGCCUGAGAAUGGAAAUUAAUCGUUUGAAAAUGGAAAAUGACAUUUUAUUGCCGGAACGUACGAUCAUAGUUUAUAAUAAUUUGCUUAGCUACAUAAGUUAAAAAAAAUUUAUUCUUCUACGCCAAAGAUUUUAUGUUGUUCGUAAUGUUAAAAGUUAAAGGGAAUCAAACAAAAGACCGCUAUUAGUGAUACAAAAUAUUUUUACAUAAAUCAUUUAAGUUAUUCAGUUUAUUAUUUUUAAAUUGUUAAAUAUCGCUUAUUGAGUUGGUUGAAUACAAGUUAGGGAUUGUCUGCUAUCGCUAUUCUUGACUAUGAACAAUCUUACACAUGGGAGUAAUUUCUAAUUUUCCCAUUCUCAAAUAAAGAAAUGCUCAAAAUUCAAAGUAUGUUUUUUACUCUUGUUUGUUAAAUGUAGGCAAGAGAAUUACAACUUCUAUUUUCACUUCAAACUUCUCUUGAAUGUUUUGGAAGAAACACUUUCCAUUGUGGAGAUUAUGCAAUAAAAUUUGUUAAACAGAAGUUCCAAUCUCAUCCGCUAGUAUGUUGCAGCCUUUAAAUACAUUUGGUUUCAUGUUUUUCAAAUUCAUUCAAAUAUGAUCAUGAAAAAAAAUUCGUUCUUUCAAAAAACCUCUACUUUGGCUACUGAUAAUAAAAUCUUGCUUUACUGGAAUUUCUCUGAAAUAGCAAAACCAUGUGCUAAAACGAAACUCUGCACUUUUUCAGAUGUUUCGAAGGAAUGUAAAAGGGAAAGUUGGAAAGCCGUUUACCUGAAAACGUAAGAGAGUCUCUCAUAAGUGAUUUGUUCCAAUCAUUUUUCAUGUUGAGAUUCAGGUAGUAUAAACUUGUAAAAAGGUAACAAUGCGUUAGCGAAUAUACUCGAAACGUUUCAAACUUGAAUUCACCGGGAUUUUUUUAUAAUUACCUGAAUAGCCCUCAUUGCAUUCCUUUUCUUUCAGUUGAGAAAUAUGUUAAUUUUUUGGUUCCUGCCUUUGUAAUUAGUAAAUCUUAAAUAUUAAUGUAAAGAAAUGUGAGUAUGUUUAUAUUGGUCAGGGCAAAACAAGAUUAGCUUAAAAUAUAGCUUAAUUAUUGACAACAAGAAGAAAUAACUUUAUGUAAAAUGGAAAAUCAUGGUGUAAGAAGUUUAUUCAAAAAUGCUAAAUGUAUUAUCCCAAGGUAUAUACGUUGUGUAUCAUUAUAUAAAUAAAAGGAAGCUUUAAAUAAA